AUGUGGGGCUCAGCAGCCUUGCGAGAGCGGGACGGCGAUAUUUACCCGCCUAUAUUGGGUGCGGAGAAUUUGCUACUUUUCACGUUCCAGUCGCGUUUCAAUUUCGUCCUCGCUCACCCUGUUCUGGAUGUUAAAGAUUCAGCGUUGCCGUGGGCCCUACCCGGACCCUUUAAGCGACCUUCAUUAGCGCGGGUCCGGAGUUCUGGAGGCAUGGGACCCACCCGUGAUUGCGAGACACGCGUCCGACGCGCGCCCGAGUUUCCGAAUAGAUUAGCUGAAGGCUAUGUCUCUGUCUUCUACUGGACUUCCACCUGGAGACGAAACAUAAUCCUCAAAAAUAAAAAUAAAUUUCCGCAAGGAGUAUACAUUAAAGAAGACUUUACGAAGGAAACGCUAGACAUAAGAAAAUCUCUACAGCCGAAACUCGAAGAAGAAAGAAACAAGGGUAAUAUAGCCUACCUGCGAGGAGACAAGCUUAUAGUCAAGAAACCAACGGAUAUUCAAAAGAGUGAAAAGAGGAAGAGAGAAUCAUCCUUCUCACCAAAUCAGGGGUCCGGAACACUGAGCGAACCAUCUUCCUCAGCGGGCCAUAAAAAAAUUGCUGCAAAGAACGCAUUUGAGUUUAUGUCCCGUCCUAGAAGCAACUCACUUAAAGAAAAGACUAAUAAGUAGCAGUUAAAGCCUGCCAGCAACCGAAAAAAAGACAAUGACAACUGCAAAAACAACUUUCAAGAAAUAAACCGAAUAAAAACUCCCCCAAGCCGGCUGGUCCCCGUGGGGGAAAGAGACCAUAACCCUCUAGUUAAAAUAAAAACAAAAAAUGAAACUCUAAAAAUUGGUACAUUUAACGUCAGAUCAUUAGGGUCGGAGAUAAGAUAUAUAGAAUUAAUGCACUCACUACAAAAAAUAGAAAUAGACAUACUUGGUAUAGCGGAAGUCAGAAAAAUGGGAUGCAAUAUUGAAGAACAUGACAGCUAUAUCCUUUGUUAUAAAGGAGAAACAGCUGGGCUGUAUGGAGUAGGCUUUCUCAUCAAGAAAAAACACAAAAGAAGCAUCAUAAACUUCACAGGAAUUUCAGAACGGGUCGCUGUUCUACAAAUGAAAUACGACAACGAAAUACUCUCAAUAAUACAGACGUACGCCCCUACAGAAAAAUCAUCCGAAGAAGCAAUAACCUCAUACUACGAAACCUUAGAAGUAGCUUUUACCCUUAUUGGACAAUAUCAUCAUCUUCUUCUAAUUGGAGAUUUUUACGCUCAGGUUGGACAAACAAAUAUGAAUGACAGUUUGGUCAUGGGAAAAUUUGGCUAUGGAACUCGAAGUGAAAGGGGUGAAAAACUAGUGCAAUAUGCCUUAGAGAACAAACUUUCUAUUAUGAAUACAUUUUUCAAAAUGAGAAAAAAUCGUAAGUGGACCUGGCUGUCACCAGACGGAAAGACAAAAAAUGAGGUGGAUUAUAUCCUAACAAAUGAACCCAAGAAAAUAAGGAACAUAGAAGUUCUCCACGGCAUAGGAUUUAGAUCAGACCAUCGUUUGGUGAGAGCUACGUACAUUUUAGGCAAACAGAAGAAAGUCAGAACAACUUUUAAAACGCAACCUAAAUCAUUAAAAUCAACAGAAGAUAUCAGUCGCUACUUGAAAAAUCUAGAAGACAACAUACAAAAAUUGAAUCUCCAAGACAAUGACCACGACGUCCAGACACUUUACAAUAAAUUAGAAAAAGCCAUCGUUGAGAGUAUGCCAUCAAAAACACCUAAUACAACAGAAGACCUAGUUGGAAAAAUUUUAAGUAAAGGUACCCGGGAAAUGCUGACAAGACGAACAGAGUU